ACUCGAAAACCAUCUCUUACGCCGCCCACUAGUUUCACCACUGUGAUCUUUCUAUGCAAACGCGCGCCUUCGUUUCCACAGAGAAACCCCUCUCUCCUUGAUCGAAACCCUAAAGAGAUCCUUGGAAUCUCUUCUUUCCUUUUCGAUUUGAUCCAUGAGGAUGAGAUUUGGACCAGUGGAGUUGAAGCUUGGGAUUUAUGGGACAUAGCUCGAGGAAGAAGAAGAAGCGGAGUGGAAGCGGACGGAAGAGCAAGGGGAGAACCUCUUCUGGUGAUGGCUCAUCCUUGGCGUGGGAGGAUCAAGAUGAACUUUUCUCGGAGGAGCUGACCUCACUGUAUCUUUCAAUGAGCUUACAUCAUUUACUGAUUGAAACUAUUGAAUAUUUACAUUUAAUUGUUUUUGGUAGGACUUCAAUUUUUCAAGAAGAUGUCAAGAUUGUCUCGGAAGCAAAUCAUACUAAGAUAAGCGUAAAUAUCAGGCCUUUCUCUGAUGAAACUGGAUUUGAAGUUCUUGAUUUUUCAGUCCUUCUUGUUGUCAGAUGUAUGCCUGGGUAUCCUCAUAGGUGCCCAAAGUUGCAAAUAAUAUCAGAGAAAGGAUUGUUAAAAGAAGAUGCAGAUAGGCUACAUUCUCUGCUCGUUGAUCAGGCCAAUGUUAAUGCCCGUGAUGGACGUGUAAUGAUUUUCAAUUUGGUGGAGGCUGCUCGUGAGUUCUUAUCAGAAAUUGCUCCAUUGAAACCGCCGCUUAUUUCUGUUCCCUCUUCAGGUUCUUUGGUUGGUGAUAGCAAUAGUAGGUUUGGUGGAUCUUUCACUUAUGGCUCAAUCGAUCUUUUUGGUGAUUUAUGUGGUGAACAAACAUCAUGGGGUGGUCAUGGUUCAAAAGUGGCUAAUGAUAAUUCUUAUCAGCUUUCUGGGAAGCAAAGCUCAUUUGCUGAUAAAAAUAGAAGAAAUGCUUUCUUGACGCACACUCAAACUUUAAACAAGGCCAAGAAUGUUGUUGAGGAUGAUCAUUUUGUUAAAAGCAUACAUCCUAAAACAUUGCAUGAUGUUAAACAUGGUGCAAUGCAGCAUGCCAUUUCAAAACUUGAUGUUCUUGUAGAAGACACAGAGUGUGACACCAAAAGUGAAUCUUCAAGUGAUCAUAACACCCCUUUGGUAGGGGAACCAUUAGGAAAUGGGUCUGACAUUACUCUGUUUGAGGAUUUCAAUGUUGAAGAGCACACAAUUGCUGAUGGUUAUAGUUCAGAAGGCAAAUCUUCAACCUCAUCACGUUCCGUAUCAGAAAAAUCUAGCAAAAAGUUUCAGAGCAAGAAAAAAGAUCUACUUAUGGUGCAUCUCCUUCACUUGGUUUGCUCUUCUAAAAAAUCACUUGCACAUGCUUUGCCAGAAUUAUCUUCAGAACUUAACAGUUUAGGGAUACUUUCAGAAUGGGGCAAACUUUUGACCACCAAACCACCCAAAACUUUCUCUGAAGCAUUCAAACACACUUUUGGUCAACAUAUGAUUGGUUCUCAAAUCUCUGAGUUUUGGAAGACUGAUUUGGAUCUUAGUCAAGAUAGUUCUUCAUCACUUCCAAAUUCUCGCUAUUUGAGUGAUUUCGAGGAAGUCAAUUCCCUUGGCCAUGGAGGCUUUGGUCAUGUUGUACUAUGCAAAAAUAAGCUGGAUGGACGCCUCUAUGCUGUAAAAAAGAUUCGCCUAAAGGAUAAAAGUCCUCAUGUCAAUGACAAGAUUUUGAGGGAGGUAGCUACGCUGUCACGUCUACAGCAUCAACAUGUUGUUCGUUAUUAUCAGGCAUGGUAUGAAACUGGACCUGAUACCCAUCAUGGGGACAUCUAUGGUUCAAGGACCAUGGAGAGCCUUAGUUGUACCCAAUCGAGCAAUAGCCUGCCAAAUGCUACAGGGCUCAGUGACAAUAAUGAGUCAGCAUACUUGUACAUUCAAAUGGAGUACUGUCCAAGGACUCUUCGUCAGGAUUUUGAGGCAUGCAAUGAUGCUCUUGACAAGGACUAUACUUGGCAUUUAUUUCGUCAAAUUGUUGAAGGACUGGUGCAUAUACAUGGUCAAGGAAUCAUCCAUCGUGAUCUAACACCUAAUAAUAUUUUCUUUGAUGUUCGCAAUGACAUUAAAAUUGGAGACUUUGGUCUUGCCAAAUUCUUAAAAUUAGAGGAGCUAGAUCAUGAUCAGCAUUUACUUACUGAGACUACUGGAGUUUCUGUGGAUGGAACUGGUCAAGUUGGAACUUACUUCUACACAGCACCUGAAAUAGAGCAGAGGUGGCCACAGAUUAAUGAAAAGGUUGACAUGUAUAGCCUAGGAGUUGUAUUUUUUGAGCUGUGGCACCCUUUUGCAACAGCAAUGGAAAGACACAUUGUCCUUUCAGAUCUGAAACUGAAAGGAUUGCCCCCUCCUUCUUGGGCAAUCAAGUUUCCAGAUCAAGCAGCCUUGUUGCAGCGGUUGAUGUCUCCAAGUCCAUCUGAUCGUCCGUCUGCUAGUGAACUUCUACAGAAUGCCUUACCUCCAAGAAUGGAAGAUGAAUGGCUGAAUGAUAUACUUAGGACAAUCUGGACAUCAGAAGAUACAUAUGUCUAUGAUCGUGUGGUAUCUACUAUUUUUGAUGAGGAAAGGUUGCUUAUAAAAGACCAUCAACAACAUGUUGGCAGCGGAAAGAUGUCCAGAGAUGAAUCUUCUUUUGGGCAAUGCAAUGAAUAUGAUACUGAGCUCCAAGAUAAAAUUUUUGAUGUUACCAAGGAAGUAUUCAGACAGCAUGGUGCGAAGAGAUUGGAGAUUUCACCUAUGAGUGUUUUAGAUGGUUGCCAUCCCAUUGACAGGAAAAGUGUCAAGCUUCUAAAUCGUGGUGGAAAUAUGCUUCAGCUUUGUAAUGAAUUGCGGUCACCAUUUGUUACUUGGAUUUCUUCACAACAGAUCUCAACUUUCAAGCGCUAUGAGAUCUCCUGGGUUUACAGGAGGGCAAUUGGCCAUUCAACCCCACUUCGCUUUCUUCAGGGGGAUUUUGACAUUAUUGGAGGUGCCCCAUCACUGACAGAGGCAGAAGUAAUCAAGGUGGUAGUGGAUAUUGCGACCCGUUUUCUGAAUCCUGAUGCCAUAAGUAUUCAACUUAAUCAUGGUGCCCUGUUAGAAGCAAUUUGGACCUGGGCAGGGAUCCCUGGCGAGCAUAGACAAUGUGUUGCUGAGCUUCUAUCUUCAAUUACGUCAUCUUGUCCUCAGUCUGCCAUUCGUAAAACCAACUGGGCAUUGAUUCGGAGACAGCUCCUUCAGGAUCGUAAUAUUUCUGCGGCAACAGUUGACCGAUUACAAACAGCGGACUUAAGGUUUUGUGGAUCUGCAGAACAAACCCUUGCUAGAUUGAGAGGGGCUCUUUCUCCAGAUAAAUUUACCCACAAGGCCUUUGAAGAGAUGUCAGCCCUUUUAAGUUAUUUAAGAAUCUGGGGGAUUGAGAAAAAUAUUUCUGCAGAUGUCCUCCUACCCCCUCCAGAAGAUUAUUAUAAGGACCUCUAUUUUCAGAUACAUUUCAAGGAGAAUAGUCCUGGAGCAGCUUAUGAGAGAAUUUUGUUUGCUCUAGGAGGCUGCUAUAAUCAUCUACUACGUCAAAAGUGGGAUCAUCAGCAUAAAUCUUACUCUCCGAAUGCAGUUGGAGUCAGCCUUGCAUUGGAAAAGAUAUUUCCUCAUUCUUCAGUUGAUAUCAGAAAUUUCAGAUGUGAAAACCAUAUUGGUAUUCUUGUCUGUUCAAAAGGUGGAGGUGGGCUGCUGCAAGAACGCAUGGAAAUUGUUGCGGAGUUAUGGCAAGCAAAUUUGAAGGCAGAACUUGUUCCUCUGUUAGACCCAAGUUUAACUGAACAAUAUGAAUAUGCAAGUGAACAUGAUCUCAAAUGCCUUAUUGUCAUAACUGAAGCUGGUCUAUCUCAAACAGGUCUAGUAAAGGUUCGUCAUCUUGAGCUGAAGAAGGAAUGGGAGGUUGAUAGGAACCAGCUUGUCAAAUUUUUGACAGAAGCAAUAUCUAUACAGUUCCGGAAUCUUCCAAAUUGGAAUUGAGGAGAUCCAUAUUUCUUAGUGAUGCAGAUAAACCUGAAGAUAUCACUAUCGUCAUUUCACUACUUGAUGGUGUGUUUAUUUGGGAGAUUCUUUAGUCUGUCAAAAAAACAUAUAGUUGUUACUAGAUCAUCCACCGAAGCUGUGUAUCGAUCUAUGGUGUCUACCGCAGCAGAGGGUGGGUUUCUUUCCCCGAUGGCUUCAAAUAUAGUGGUGAUUUCCCCAUCUUAAUAUGGCAAGUGAGGUU